CAGGGCAGCGUUCACUGAGGACCAGGACGGGCAAACACUACGCUAGAGUCUGACUCCAAACUCAAGAUCAUAUCAGCAUUGUUGCUAUAAUCUGGCAUAUUUACAUCUAUUGCUGCCUGAACAGAUGUUUAUUAAUGUUCAUUAAUGUCCCUAGCAAAUAAAUACAUGAAUAAGGGUUUGAAAAAUGGAAAGAAGACACGUUUGGCAUUAAUUAAAAUAAAACAAAUAAAAUUUAAAAAUAAUAAUAAUUUAAAAUAUACAUUUUAAAUGUUUCCCAAAUGUUUUUUUCAGUUUUGCUAGUUUUUAAUCUCUUUAAGAUUUCAUAAACGGGAAAAACGGAAAAGAGGCUGUGUUGCCAUGGUGACACGUUAUAAUUAUGAUUGAUUAUUAUAAUAAUUUAUUAUAUAUUUGCCUUAAAAAUCCUGACAGAAACACUACAAACGUGUCUUUAAAACUUCAUAAACAGAUCACAAAGUUAUUUUAUUUGUUUUAAAAAAACCAAAAAAAACGGAAGUGUCCUGGAGGCUGUGUGUUGCCAUGGUGACGCCGUAAAGGCGUCCGUGCCGGCGCCUGAUGAGAAUUCGUCAACAAGUCGUUUUGCAGGAUGGAUCCAGAGAGCGUUUCUCUGUUAGAGUUCGUAUCCAGCUCCUAGAACCCCCCCACGGAUCCAGGGGGGACAGGAUGGACCCGGUUCUGAGCGGAGGUCGGCGGUGAUCGGUUCUGCGCAGGCCCGAAUCAUCUACAACGGUCCUCUCCGGUUUAUUCCUAAAGGACGAGCGUGGACACCAUGAACCAAGUGGAUUAUCUCCACCAGCUCGACACUGGGAGUCUGACUUUGGAGGAGAAGCUGGAGAUUAAAGGUCUCGGUGUCCAUCAGCCGCAGGAUGUCGGUAGAAACCAGACCACUGUGUUACCUGCAGACGUCCAGCAGCUGAUCGUGAUUAAAGAAGAGUUUCCCUGGAGCCCCAGACAUGAGGAGCAGGAACCACAGCUCCUCCAUAUAAAGGAGGAGCAGGAGGAACUGUUGACCAGCCAGGAGAGAGAGCGGCUCAGUGGGGAGGAGGAGGAGGAGCAGGAGGAGCAGGAGGAGGAGGAGGAGGAGGAGGCCAGCGUCCCAUUCACUGCUGCUCCUGUGAAGAGUGAAGGCGAUGAAGAGAAUCCUCAGUCCUCACAGCUUCAACAAACUGAAGGUAACUCAGACGUAGAGUCUCCAACCAGCAGCUUAAACGGACAAAUGAAAAUAGAAACAGAAGAAGACGACGUUAGAGACCGAGAACCAGGCAAGAACCCUGAUCUCAAGCAACAUUUACCACCAAACACUGAUGAAAAGGCCACAGACUCAUCUCACACCGAUCUCAGUGAUGACGAUGAAGAUGAUGAUGAUGAUGAUGAUGACUGGCAGGAACCACUGUCGGAUUCUGCCCCUGAAACUGGAGAUAGUGACAAUAAUGGGAAGAAAACCAGAGCAUCAGAGUCUGGGUUCGGUACCAACGCUGGUGACGGACGAUUCCCGAAAAAGGCGAAUCUGAAGAGAGACGGGAACAUUCAAAGCGGAGACUGUGGUGUUUGUGGGAAAAUCUUCACGAGACGGGGAGAUCUGAAGAGACACAUGAGGGUCCACACGGGAGAGACGCCCUUCAGCUGCUGUAUAUGUGGGAAACAGUUUAAACAACAGGGAGUUCUGACGAGUCACAUGAGGAUUCACACGGGGGAGAAACCGUUUGGCUGCGACGUCUGCGGGAAAAGAUUCAUACACCAAUCCAACCUGAAGUCACACGCCAGAGUCCACACGGGGGAGAAGCCGUUCGCUUGUGGUGUUUGUGGGAAAAGAUUUACUGAACAGGGGAGUUUAAAGAGACACGAAGGACUUCACACGGGGGAGAAACCGUUCGGAUGCGGUUUCUGUGGUAAAAGGUUCAGCCGGAAGACGCACUUCGAGACGCACAUGACGGUUCACACGGGGGAGAAACCGUUCGAAUGCGGCUUCUGUGGGAAGAAGUUUAGCCAGAAAACUCAUUAUAAGAUCCACGUGAGAGUCCACACGGGAGAGAAACCCUUCAGCUGUGACGCUUGUGGAAAAACGUUUGGGCUCCAGUACAAUCUGAAGAGACACAUGAGAGUCCACACGGGAGAAAAACCCUUUGACUGCGACGUGUGCGGGGAAAGAUUCACGGAACAGGGGAGUCUGAAGCGGCACAGCGGCGUUCACACGGGAGAGAAACCCUUCAGCUGUGGCGACUGUGGGAAAACGUUCAGUCGCAGCACACAUCUGAAAAGACACGUGCGAGUGCACACGGGGGAGAGGCCGUUCGGCUGCGACGUUUGUGGGGAAAGAUUCACCGAACAGGGCGUCCUGAAGGGUCACCUCAGAGUCCACACCGGGGAGAAACCCUUCGGCUGUGACGUCUGUGGGAAAACAUUCAGACAUCACUACACUUUAAAAAGACACACAACUGUCCACACCGGGGAGAAACCGUUUACAUGUGCAGUCUGUGGCGAAAGGUUCACUCGACAAGGGAACCUGAAGAGACACAUGAGAGUCCACACAUGAUGGGUGCUGAAUGACUGUAUCACUGUAUCUGUAUGACUGUAUGACUGUAUCUGUAUGACUGUAUCACUGUAUGACUGUAUCUGUAUGACUGUAUCACUGUAUGACUGUAUCACUGUAUGACUGUAUCUGUAUGACUGUAUCACUGUAUGACUGUGUGACUGUGUGACUGGAGGAUCUGCUGUGGAAAGUUUGUUACAUAAACGUCAGUAAGAGACUCACCCACCCUCUGUGUUUGUCUUCAUUUUGUCUCGUUAGAUUUUUCUUGUGGGGAGUUUAAAACAUCCCCGACUAUUUAUUCUGUCUUUGUGUCUUUGCUGUAAAACUGUUUGCAGAGAUUCUUCCUCUUUCAGGACGGUGGAAAUCUGGAAGAAAUAACUCGAAGCUUUUCAUCAUUGUCGGUGUGUGAAAACAAAGUGUGUGUGAUUUACACAAGUAUGAAAGUCAGGAAUAAAAAGCUUUGAAACAUCAUUCAAAUUGAAAA